UGCUUAGCUCAUUUAAUAUUUCAAGUGUGUUAAAGCAUGGAGACAUAAUGAUUGGAGGGAUAUUCCCGAUUUACAACAGAGAAGUAAACAGCACCUUUGCAUUUGAGAAGAAGCCACCUGACAUGGAAUGUGCAGGAUUUGACUGGAGAGCUUUUAGAUGGAGCCAGGAAAUGAUAUUCUUUAUUGAGGAAAUCAACAAAGACCCUGUUCUCCUUCCAAACGUAUCCCUUGGUUACAGGAUCCUUAGCUCUUGUGCAACUCCUAUUAGUGCUUUACGUGCUUCUCUGACUCUGGCCAGUGGACUAGAGGACCUCAACUCAACUUCCCCUUGUCCUCCAGCUAUUUCUGCCCUCAUAGCAGAGGCAGAGUCAUCCCAGUCUAUAGCUGUGGCUGGAGCUCUUGGACCAUUUCAACUGCCAAUAAGUUAUUUUUCAUCCUGUGCCUGCCUCAGUGACAGAAUCAAAUAUCCGACCUAUUUUCGUACAAUCCCAAGUGACUUUUUCCAGGCGAAAGCUUUGGCUGCACUGGUUAAAAAAUUUGGCUGGCAGUGGAUUGGAGUCAUACAGUCAGACAAUGACUAUGGUCGGGGUGGAGUCCAAGCAUUCAGUGAAGAAGUUAAAAAGUUUGGGGUUUGCAUUGCAUUCAUUGGUACAAUAUUACGUACGUACACGAUGAAAAAAAUUCUGGAUGUCACGGAAAUGAUCAAACAUUCAACUGUUAAAGUCAUUCUGGCGUUUGUUCCUGAGGGUGACUUUUACCCUCUGAUGAAGGAGAUAGUGAAGCAAAACAUAUCAGGGAUUCAGUGGAUUGCAAGUGAGGCAUGGAUAACAGCACCUCGACCUUCCACACCAGAAAUGUUCCAAACAUUUGGGGGAACUCUUGGAUUUGUGGCCAAGAGAAUGACUAUUCCAAAUCUACAAUCAUUUCUUAUGAGCAUUAAUCCAUAUAAGAAUCCAAGUUCAGCAUUUCUAAAGGAUUUUUGGGAGACUGUGGUCACUGAUCACUUGCAGCGGGUCAAUUUCAGGAAUCAGUUUGGAGAUAAUGUCUUUUUUGAUGAGAGUGGUAACCCACCAGCUUAUUAUGACCUGAUUAACUGGCAGCUAAUCAAUGGGGAAGUUCCAACAUCAUUUUGCUCCGACGUUUGUCCAGUAGGAACCAGGAAAGCUCAAAUAAAGGGAAAGCCCACCUGUUGUUUUGACUGUAUGCCAUGUGCUGAUGGAACUACUGCCAAUUUAACAGCAGAGUGCUCCCCCUGUCCACAGGAAUACUGGUCUAAUAAGAGGAAGGAUGAGUGUAUUCCUAAAACCAUUGAGUUCCUGACAUACCAGGAGCCCAUAGGAAUAGCAGUCACAGUGGUAUCUCUGCUAGGAGCCUCUCUGUCACUGGCCACGUUGAUGGUCUAUAUCCGCUACAGAGAAACUCCUGUGAUUAAGGCCAGCAACUCUGAGCUGAGCUGUUAUUUGUUGUUCUCUCUCUUGCUGUGUUUUCUCUGUCCUCUCACUUUCAUUGGCAGACCUACGGUCUGGACAUGCAUGCUACGUCACACAGCGUUUGGUGUGACCUUUGCCCUUUGUAUUUCCAGUGUCUUGGGAAAAACUAUUGUUGUUGUCACAGCUUUCAAAGCCACAUUUCCAGGCAACAAUGCUGCAACCAGGUUUGGUCCCUCACAGCAAAGGAUCAUCGUUUGCUUCUGCACUGUGAUCCAGAUAAUCAUCUGUGUAUUGUGGCUUAGACUGAACCCACCUUUCCCCGACAUGGUUUUCAGAUACAGCAAUACAAAGAUUGUUUUAGAAUGUAACCCAGGGUCUGAGGCAGCUUUCUACGCAGUGCUGGGCUACAUAGGACUCCUGGCAAUAACAUGUUUAAUUUUGGCGUUUCUAGCUAGAAAGUUGCCUAAUAACUUUAAUGAGGCAAAGUGCAUCACAUUUAGUAUGCUUAUAUUCUGCGCUGUCUGGAUCACCUUCAUUCCAGUCUACAUCAGCUCUCCAGGAAAGUUCACUGUAGCUGCUGAAACAUUUGCAAUUUUGGCUUCAGCGUUUGGUUUGUUAAUUUGCAUUUUUGCACCUAAAUGUUACAUUAUAUUGAUUCAACCAGUAAAAAACACAAAGAGACAUGUCAUUGGAAAAAUCUGAACAGAUAGAAAUAUAAUACAUUUUUCUUAAAUGAUAAUUAAUGAUAAUCUUAGUACUGUACUUACAUAAUGUAUAACUAGUCGUUUCUUCUAAUUUAAGAUUUAGUUUUUCACAUCUGUGACCAAACAAUAAUUCAAAUAUAAACCUACAGUAUGUAGCACAAGUUUGAUGUAAAGAUUUGAAUAUAUGUUUAAAAUUUUUGCCACUGUCAUUAAUAAACUGCAGUAAGCGAGUCAGAAGUAGAUGGAUGUGGUGAGUCAGAAUUAGAUGGUUCUUGUAUAAGGCAGGAGAAUUGUGUGUGGAGCUGGCAGAUUUGAGACUAGACAUAAACUAGACAAAAAAAGCUCAUAAUUUUUUCUCAAAUGACAAAAGUUCUAAACCUGAUCAUCCUUCAUUAGGCAUCAGUUCACAUGAAUCGAAUAAGAUAACAUGUUUCUCCUCAUUUUUUUUACAGGAUAUACAGUACAGUCAUAAAUGGUUAACUUUAAGCAAACCCAGCGAUUUAGUAGCGUGACAAGGUUGCAGCUGUGUGCAUGUGCACGUGGGCCAUAGUGCCAGUAGUUCCUUGCUUUGUAGUGAGCAUAGUCUUAAGCUCUGUGAGAGCAGUUAGUUCCCCGCUUGGAGCGGGUAUCACUCGAUCACGCAUUGGUGUUGGUGGUUGGUGGAGUGGAGGACGCAAAAGCCAUCAACAGACAACCCAGCCAGGAUAACCCUGUUCACAAGGAUUUUUUUGUGGAGUGCAGCAUCGGUGGCUAUCCCUGCAGUGCAUUGGUAGACACAGGAAAAGACUCCCCUGAUGAUGCUUUGGACUAUGUCGCUGGGUCACAGUGGAUUACUGCAGCUUCAUGGACUUGCGGCGCGGCUACUGGCAGGUCGAACUGGUGAGAAAGGACCGAACUAAGACUGCUUUUACCAUAGAACAGGGACAAAUUUACAAUUAUACCCUUUUGGACUAUGCAACGCGCCAGCCACAUUUCAGUGACUUAUGGUUGGAGGGUGGUGCUACAUACAAACAGACUCCUUACCUGCUGGGCCCUGCUGCAUGAAGUGAAGGAGACAGGUCCUCCCUCAUCCUCGGGGACACAGGGACAAUGGUGAACUUACAGUAAUCAUGAGCCUAGCACAAGGAAAGCCGACCUGGGCCCAAAGACUGCCACCACAACUUAAGAACUAUGUUGUGACAUAGUGACUGCAUUUGGUUCUUUACUGUGUUAAUCAGUAAUCACAGUUUAGAAUUGAUUGUUGUAAGAAUUGUGGGGACACACAACCUCCUGGGUGGGGGCACUAUAGCAGCCCAGGAGCUUUAGCUCGCCCAGAGCCAUUAAGGCUCAUGGGUAAAAUAACGGUUCUGGUGUUCGUAUGAUCCUAGUGAAGAAAAACAAUGGGCAUCUGUCUCCUUGUUGACGGGUCAGUAGGAAGCAUUGCGAUCCUGCAUUGAAAUCUAGGCCUCUCGACCAACUGCAUUACAUUAAUCUGUUUAAAUGUGAUAAAUUAAACAUGCUCAUAUAAGGCAAACAUGUUUAUUGUGGUCUGAUAAACAAUCACACAGAAUCACAACGGCAGCAUUACUGGAACGUACCCACCUCGAAUCCAGCUACACCAUAACGUAGCAUGGUACAGCAGUAGCACUUAAACUCCACAAACUGAGACCUGUGUGUGCUGUGCUUUUGGGUCUUUCAUUGUGCUGCCUGUGACAUGAAGUAGAAG